AUGCUCGAAAUGGAUGAACAAAUCAUUACUCCUUCUUUACUCGAUUUUGGUAUUAAAGUUAGUGAGUGCAAAGCUGAGUGGAUUAGCUUACGGGAGAGCUAUCGCUAUCACGCCAAAGUGGCCCGCAAUCACAAAAGUGGUAGCGCUUGUGGAGAAACGCUGGAGGAGCCUUUGUUUUCAGAUACUGUUGAUUGGGAGUUUGCUGAAGAAAUGGCAUUUUUGCCAAAUGUAUCACAGAAACGAAAAACUUUCACAAGUCCAGUUUUUGAAGAUUUCGAUUCAUCUUCCCCCAUAAAUAGAGCGGAUGUGGAGGAGUUAAAUGUUCCGCAAUAUGAUUAUAAUCCAACACCCACCACAAGUAAGCGGAAAUUUAGCGGAAGCCAAAAUGAUGAGGCAUGGAGUCAAUUCAAUAACAUCUUGAAGAAACAAGAGGAUUUGACAUAUUUACUUACUUUGUAA